AUGGGGCGAGGCGGGCGCGACGACAAGGCGGAGGACUCGCAGCGCCUGUUAGGAACUCCCGUUUACGUCAACGUCUACGACCUGACUCGAUAUAACGACGUUCUUUACUGGCUUGGCCUGGGGGUUUUCCACUCGGGCCUCGAAGUGCACGGCGUGGAGUACGCGUUUGGAGCGCACGACCAGGCGUGCAGUGGCGUGUUCGAGCUGCCCCCCCGCUGCGCCCCAGGGUUCCUCUUCCGCACCGCCAUCCCCGUGGGCACCACCACACUCUCCCCUCUUCAGGUCCGUUCCAUAGUGCAGCAGCUAGCCUGCAGCUACACGGGAAUCAGCUACCAGAUCAUAUCGCGCAACUGCAACCAUUUCACCUCCGACCUCUGCCGCUUGCUGGUAGACCAGGAACCCCCCUCCUGGAUCAACCGCCUUGCCCGCACUGCCCUGCUCUGCAACUGCAUUCUGCCCGAUGGGGUUCGCGUGGAGGUUGGGGAGGUUACAACGACCACGCUUCCUUUUCCCCGGCAUCAUCUCGAUCCGCGUCAGUAG